AUGUUGUGGCACAAGGUCCCCAACUCCAUUUACUUUCGCCGUGGCUCCAUGGCGACCGCCAUGGAAGACCUUAAGAAAUUCAAACGAGUCUGCAUUGUGACGGACUCAUUUUCCUACAAACAAACACCGUUCGUCCACGAACUGAUUGAUCUGCUGAACGCCAAAAGCAGCCACCAGAAUUACCUGGACUAUCAUGUCUUUUACGAAGCCGAAGAUGCCACCGAAGGUACCAUCAAGAAGGGAGUGGACGUCAUGCGGAAUUUUAAGCCAGAUUUAAUCAUUGUCAUGGGAGGUGGUAGAACCAUGGAGGCAGCGAAACUCAUGCAUGUUCUAUACGAAGACCCAACUGCGGACUUGAAAGACUUGUCUGAUGAUUAUGGUGGAAUGCAACAAUGGUUGUCUGAAUCAUGUGAAAACAACAAGAAUAACAAUGAUAGUACUAGCGGUACUAGUAUCAAGAAGAAGAAAGAAUUCCCUAAAAUGGGCAUCAAGGCCAAACUGGUUUGCAUCCCCACGACAUCUGGCAGCGGUACCGAAGUGACUCCGUUUGCGACCAUGGUGGUAGGAGGCGGUGCCCUUGGCAACUUUCAACACAGGCGUUGUCCCAUUGCUCACUUCGAAUUGACUCCCUUUAUGGCCAUUAUUGAUGCCAACUUGGUCAUGAAUAUGCCUCGCGAUAUCACUGCCCAAGCUGGAAUGAAUGCCUUGGCACAUACCAUUGAAGCCUACGCGUCCGUCUGCAGCAAUGAAUUCACCGAUGGACAAGCACUCCAAGCCUUGAAACUACUCAAAACCUAUCUCCCUCGUGCCUAUCUUCAUGGAAAAGAAGAUCCGAUUGCAAGAGAAAAGGUUCAUAACGCAGCCACCAUUGCUGGAAUUGCUCACGCCAAUGCCGGCAUGGGCAUUUGUCACUCCAUGGGACACGCUUUAGAAACAUUGUUGAAUAUUCCUCGUGGCAUGGCAAAGGCACUCCUAUUGACCAAUGUGGUCCGAUACAAUACAACACAUUAUACUACUUCACAAGAAGAAGCCGAGGCGGAACAAAUAAUGGAAUGCCAAUAUGCUGAAAUGGCGAGGCACUUGAGACUCACAAAGCCCGACGACGACUCCAAGGAUGCAAGCACUGCAUUCGUGGAGUGGUUGAACAAGAUCAAGGAAGAUUUGUCAAUUCCUACCUCCAUACAGGAGUGGGGCAUCAAGGAAAAUCAAUUCAAGAAUCAGCUGGAGUCCUUGGUAGAAAUGGCAUGGGAAGAUCCCUGUGUGAGCACCAAUUCGAGACCACCCAGCAAAAACGAUCUUCGAACCAUCUUGUUGGACUCUUACUACGGUCGUCCUUAUCUGGAACUAUGA